ACAGCCAGACAGCUGCAGACAGACAGCCAGACAGCCAGGCAGCGCAGCAGAUGACUGUAAUUGCAGCUGGUUUAUAGUUGAAAACACACGGUAGUUCCACAGCUUGUGGCGUUCAACGUUUCAUUAGCUCUCCAAUUUGACAAGUCCCUUCGCGUCUUUCUAUCAGCUUCUUGUCAGAAAGAAAAGAAACUUCUAACACCAUGGCCAAGAAAAAUAACCGUCAACAGGACCCCAAUGAUUCAUCUGAUUCUGGGGACACAAAUGCAGCCUCCACAGCUCCUUCAAGUGCUUGCAAGCACAUAGCCAAAGCAGUCCAACUAGGUGCAGUAAAGAAGAAACUCAAAUGCGGCAAUCGGACUACUUGUGAUGCAUGUGCCAAGAAGACGAAACAAGCCAAUAUAGUGCCCGACGUUUCUUCAAGUAAUGAGGAAGAGGUGACAGAUGAAAAUUGGACUUACUGGAUGUGUUUGACAUGUGCGCACAUAGGUUGCGGGCGGGGCCAGCUAAAGCAUGCUAUUGCACAUUAUAAAACCCCCCGAUCAGACAAACAUGAUUUGGUUGUGGACAUUGAGACAUGGAUUGUAUGGUGCUAUUCUUGUGAGCAAAAGAUGGCUAUGAACUCAACGAAAAAACUUCAGGAGUGUGUAGAAUAUAUACGCCGACAUAUGCAGUCAGCUUCAAAAUCCAUGCCUGUUGUAUCAGAGGACAUGGCUCAGAGCCAAUCAUCCUUGACUAUGUCAGUAGUCCCUUCUUCAGAUAAGGAUGAUACCAGUGUGAAUCAAAAGUCAACUCAAUUUCAUUCUCAAGCUAGGAAAAUUUCCAUCACCAACAAAGAUUUGGCAAAGCCAAGUAAAGUUAGAGGUCUAAUGAAUUUGGGAAACACUUGCUUUUACAAUUCAGUACUUCAGUGUCUAAGUGUAACUCCGUACUUGACAAAGGUUUUGGAGAGAUUGACUUGUAGCGGUGAGGUCUUCACCCUACCCGGAAAUACAAAGCCAGAAGACUUUGAGGCCCCUUCAGUCCAUGGGUCACUGGGGGAGUCUGGUCCACUGAGUGGUGCUCUCUUAUCAACUUUGUUAGAAAUGAGGCACCCUGAUUUGCAUGCAGACACCUUGAGACCUCAAAAGUUACUCAAGCAAGUACAGGAUGCUUUCCCUCAGUUUCGAGGAAAUGAUCAACAUGAUGCUCAUGAACUUCUACGCCAUCUUCUGGAAGGUGUGCGAUCUGAUGACCUUAAGCGCUUUCAGCGUGUGAUUCUGGAACAACAUGGCCUUUUAAGGCGCAAAAAUGAUGAGGUUGCAUCUGAUUUGAAAAAGAGAAUGAAGUUGUAUGGUCAGCAACUUCAAGAUCUUACCUUGGGUGUGGAAGGAAUUUUUAAAGGGCAGCUAGUGAGCAUAGUUGAAUGCCAAGAUUGCAAACACCAUUCUAUCCGCUUCGAAAGCUUUCUUGAUUUGAGCCUACCUGUUAUGGAAGACAAACCCUUGCCACCCAUGCGGAAGAAGGAGCCAGUUGAAACAUUUGCUGGAGAUGAGGGUCUUACUAAAUACCAGAUAAGAAAACGACAAAAGAUGGAAAAGAAGGCGCAAAAGCAGAAGCGGAGAGAGAAGAUGGACGGAUGCGUCACCAUUGCUGAGGAACCUGCCAAGGGCUCUGACGGACCAGAGUCUGCUGAAGAAAGCGAUGCUGACGUCGAGGACAACGCGGAGCAGGAUGCCACGGAGAACACGAAGGAGGUGGUGGAGUCCGGCUACAGCUCGGACAAGCAGAACACCGGCGAGUCGGACGGCACGAGUCCGUCCAUCGGGGCUGCCGGCGCCGAGGCCGCGGAGGAGGCCGUGGAGGACUCCGGGGUUGCCGCGGGCCCCGAGCAGGAGCCGAUGUUCGGCCCAGCCGCCGCCCCGGCCUCCCCCGGCGUGUCGGCCUCGCUCACGGCCUCCGGCUCGCCGUCCCCGACCGCCUCGGCGUCGCCGUCGCCCUGCGUGGCCGAGGCCGAGUCGCCCACCGCGCCGGUGUCCUCCGGGGGGCCGACCUCGCCCUCGCCCGCUGCACUGCAAGCCGCCGUGGCGGCGCCCACCGAGGGCUGGUCCUCCUUCCACACCCCGGAGCACGGCCUGGAGCACGGCCUGGAGCACGGCCUGGAGCACGGCCUGGAGCACGGCCUGGAGCACGGCCUGGAGCACGGCCUCCAGCACGGCCUCCAGCACGGCCUCCAGCACGGCGGGCAGCCCCAGCCGCGCUGCUUCACCCCGGACGAGGAGCUGAGGAUCACGAUCCCGGAGAGCGGGGAGGGCUCCAUCCACAUCUCCCCCGUCCAGCCCGUCCAGCCGUGCGACCGGGACAGGCCUGUCUCCCGGCGAGGCUUCUUCCCGGGUGACACUCGCCGCUCGGGCGUCGGCGGGGACUUCGAGAGCGGCAGCGGAGUCGCGCCGGACUUCACGCCCGAGCUGGAGAACAGACUGCUGUCCUUGUGUCUCAACUCCAGCAGAGUGGUGAACGAAGAGGGGGACGAGAGUGGCAACAAUGACUGCGAUGAAAUAGACUCCAAGAAGAGUGUGGCGGAUGCCGAUGAAACUAGGAGGAAAAUCGAUGAAUGGUACGAAGGACAGAAACCUGCAGACCCAGUCGAAGAUGUGAUUUGUAAUAAUAAUGAGAGAAAUAAUCAUUUGAAAGGAGAAUUUUUAGAAGAGGCUAAACCAUCCAAGUGCAAGACAAAUCUAGUUGUUACUGAUAGACCUACGCAGCGGUCUGCCUCUGGAGAUACAGUAGACAAUAAAAUUGACUGGUGUAAAACUCUAGCAUCAAGGCAACAGACUGAGGAAGGUGAAUGUUCUGUGAUUUCCUGUCUCAAUCAAUUCACAUCUGUAGAGCUGAUGACUGGCAAUAAUAAAGUUGGAUGCGAUGCUUGUACUCUACGCCAAAAUAAAGGUGCGGAGGGGAAAACAGUUUAUAAAAAUUCUACUAAAAUGUUCCUCAUCAGUUCCCCACCUCCGGUGCUUAUUCUUCACCUGAAACGCUUCAUGAUGGAAAAUUACAGGUUUAAGAAACUUCAGCGUUUUGUUAGUUUUCCUCUUGAGCUGGAUAUAGCACCAUUCUGUUCUACAAAAUGCAGGGAUUCACCUGCAUUUCAAGAUACUCAAACUGAAAUAAAAUAUUCCUUGUUUGGAAUUGUGGAACAUACUGGAUCCCUCAAUACUGGUCAUUACAUAGCCUACAUAAAGGUCCGAGCUAACCUUGGUGAAAAGGACCCCAGGUGGUCCUACCUACCUAUGGCCCGAGAGUUUGUCUAUCCUAAAGUGGAUUCGAGCGAUAAUCUAUCAAAUGGUAGCCAAAUGGAAGAGAAGUGGUACUCCAUAAGUGACUCUAGAGUAGUUGAAAUUGCAGAAUCCAAAGUUUUAAAAAUUCAGGCCUACUUACUGUUCUAUGAAAGAGUGAUGUGAAACCUGGUGUGAGGUGAAUACACAUACUCUCUUGCUGUCUAAAAAAAAGUGAAUGAAGACUUAAUAGCAAAGACUAAAAGGCUUAAUGUUCCAGAUUCUAAUAAGAUUCUGACUAAAGUUUAUUUGCUCAAAGGAUUUAGACCACCCUCUGACAUGACAUUUACUACUGUACCUUCAUUCCAAUUUUGUAACUUCAGGUGGAUAAGAUACACACAGUUUGUGGCUUUUCUUAAAAAAUGGAUUCAGGAAAUAAAUGACAACUGCCACUGAUUUAUAUUUAUUGUUCUGUAUCUCAAAAUCUACUGACCUUGUCUCUUCCAAUAUUGUAAUGAAUCUAUUUUCUGGGUUGUCAUAUCUGUGAUAUUCUGGCAGUUCUUUGUAACUCUUGUACCAUUUUUAAUUGUAUAAUUAUUGCAUGUAAUAGUUAUUAUUAUUGAAUCACCUUAUGAAUUGGGGGCACAUUCCAAUCAUGAGGAAAGUUGUUUUUUUCCCUUCAGAUUUUUAUCAAGUAUUGUCCAAUACUGUUCAGAUUGUGAUAGUGCUUUGAAUCUGCAUAUCUGUGCUCGCUUGGUUCGGUUUUUUUUUAUUUAUUUAUUGUUUUUGGUUUAUCUUCAAGAUUACCUAUGAAUUGUUCGAGAUGGUCAUGUAUGGAUUAGAGGAUCUAGUCAAGCAACCCUGUGCUGAUUUCUGUUUCCUGUUGUGUGAUUUUGGGAAUGUUUUUAAUCUUAUAAAAUAUACUGUACCUUAUUUGGCAUGUCUUGCUUAGAAACCUAUGAAUGCAUCCUGCUAUUCCUAUUGAUUUUGUACUUUUUAUUCAUUCACAUUUUCUUUGUUGGAAUGAAAAUAAAUAAAAUGUCACAAGA